CAAUAAUGGCUUUACAGUAAAGACCCGUCCUCUUAAGCAUUCAUGCCUCGCAUUUGUAGCGGAAACAGUGCUGGUGAAAUGAGACAUCUUUCUCAUACAUUUCAUAACGACAGAGCAGACAAAGAUACGUGUCCAUACUACAGAUAACCAGCAGUAGAAAUGCCUCGCAUUGAGAAUGACAUCAAGUUGGACUUCAAGGACGUACUUCUCCGUCCGAAACGAAGCACACUCAAGUCCCGUAGUGAGGUUGACCUGAUGAGAAGUUACACCUUCAGGAACUCCAAGGGAAGCUACAGAGGAAUCCCCAUCGUUGCAGCCAACAUGGACACUGUCGGCACCUUCGAGAUGGCUCUGGCUUUGUCCAAGUUCACACUCUUCACUGCCAUUCACAAGCACUAUUCAGUAGAUGACUGGAAGGAGUUUGCAACAAAGAAUCCAGAAUGUGUACCGAGUAUGGCAGUCAGCACAGGGACAGGUGAAGGGGACUUUGACAGGCUGGGUGAGAUCACAGCCGCUGUGCCUCAGCUCCAGUACAUUUGUGUGGAUGUGGCCAAUGGCUACUCUGAGCACUUUGUCCACUUUGUUAAAGACGUGCGUCAGAAGUACCCGACACACACCAUCAUGGCGGGGAAUGUGGUUACCGGGGAGAUGGUGGAGGAGCUGAUCCUCGCUGGCGCUGACAUCAUCAAAGUGGGCAUCGGACCAGGCUCUGUGUGCACCACCCGUAAGAAAACAGGGGUGGGUUAUCCCCAGCUGAGCGCUGUGAUAGAGUGUGCCGAUGCUGCUCACGGCCUGGGCGGACACAUCAUCUCUGAUGGUGGAUGCACUUGCCCCGGUGACGUUUCCAAGGCUUUUGGUGCCGGGGCGGACUUUGUGAUGCUGGGCGGGAUGCUGGCCGGCCACUCAGAGAGCGGGGGCGAGGUCAUCGAGAAGAACGGGAAGAAGUACAAGCUGUUCUACGGCAUGAGCUCCGACACGGCCAUGAAGAGACACGCCGGGGGUGUGGCCGAGUACAGGGCAUCUGAAGGAAAGACGGUAGAGGUAGUCUACAAGGGUCCCGUGGACGAGACCAUACGGGAUGUCCUGGGCGGGGUACGCUCCACCUGCACCUACGUGGGCGCAGGGAAGCUCAAGGAGCUCAGCCGCAGGACCACCUUCAUCAGGGUCACCCAGCAGCUCAACACUGUCUUUGGGAACGAUAACUAGGCGAGGUCCAGGCUGGUUCACACACACACACACACACACACACACACACACACACACACACACACACACACACACACACACACACACACACACACACACACACACACACACACACACACACACACACACACACACACACACACACACCAUACCGUUGAUAGUAAGAAUCAGUCAUUUGAGAAACUUAAACCUAGGAUAAAUGUUUGGUUGCCAAAACCAAAACCCUUUUAGAUAAUACUAUCAAACAAUCCCUUAUUUAAGCAAAAUGCAUUUGGGGGUGUGGUAUAUGGCCAAUAUACCAUGACCAAGGGCUGUUGUUAUGCACGACGCAACGUGGAGUGCCUGUUUACAGCCCUUAGCCGUGGUAUAUUGGCAAUAUACCAUAAACAUUUUGUCAUACCAAUCAGCAUUCAGGGCUCGAAUCCACCCAGUUCAUAAUUCAACUUUAAACAUAUUUGAUUUAUUCUAAACUGCCAUAAAUGUACAUUUCUUGGUAAUAAGUGAACUGAGGGCACUUCAGGAUGUAUUUCCAGGUUUUUCUUUUGUCAUCUUGCUCAAUCAUUCCCAUUCAGCUCUGGGGGCCGUGAGUACAGGCUUCUCUCUAUGUCCAAUAUUAUCUACCGCGUCCUAUCAUUUCACAUGAUCUUGCUCUCUCUCUCUCUCUUUGCCUCCCAAUCCCCUAUUUUCCUAACACUUCUAUGCACAUCCCUGUUUUUCAAGACAUCUCAUCGCCAUGCUGUUUGAAAACCAUAUGCCAUAAAUGAAUAUACAGUAUUUCACUGUAUGAAGUAUGUACUAUAUUGAGAUUGCAAGCGUUAAAAACAUCAGCUUUUAUUAUUGUAGAUAGUCAACAGAUUCUGAGUCAAGUAGACGGGCUACAUACAGUGAAGAGAUUCAGAUGUUCAUUACAAUGACCAAUACCGCUGAUUUUAAAAUAUUUCAGAUUAUUUUAUCCUUUCUUUUCAAAAUAACUUAAAUAUAUAUAUUGCACUUAAUGAUUUGCAAUGAUUUAGUAUUCCAGUCGUUUUCCCCAUAGCAAGUUAGCUUUUCUGCUAUUCUCAUGCGGACCAAAUAUUAAAGCGAGGAGGAAAUAGAUACUGAAUGAAAAUACUGACAAACAGGUGUUUCGUGUACUGUACAGCUACAGCAGCAACUCGGUCAGUCAAAUUACACACAGCAAGUUGACGGGAAACGGUUGUAGAAUACAAAAUGUAGGGUUGCAAAAUUCCUUUAACUUUACCCAAAUUCCCAGGUUUUCCAGAAGUCCUGAGUGGAACUUGGAAGAUUCCCAGAAUAUGGCAGAAAAAGCAGGAAAUCCAGCAAACCUCCAACCAGGAUAUCUGGAGCACUUGGGAAUUUUGGGAAAGUAACCGUAACUUUGCAACCCUAAUUCAAAGUAUUGUAGCGACCUUAACACUACACCUAGCGUCCUAGUCAAGAGGUUCGGACUUCUUAGCUUAAUGGUUAAGGUGUUGGCUUGACAGUCGCUGGACACGGUUCGAGUCCUUGUCGGGGCUCUCUCCUGAAUUCACGACAGUAUGUUUUGACCGUAAGGAAGGCAGGACAGCUUGGAUUUUUACCUCGAUUUACUGUUAAUUUCUCACUUUUGUCAAUUAGACUAGAUUGCAUGGAGAUUCUAUCAGUAUUCACAUUAUUACUUUACUGGAUAUUCAGUUACUUUGCUAGAAUGUUGCCUAUGCAUUAUUGUUUUAACAGUAUGACUUAUCAAACUACAGUUUAUUUAUGUACUGUAUUUUGUAUACUAUACUAUAUUACGUGGAUAUUUCUGUCAUGUUAAGAUUUACCCUUAAAAUGAACAAUGAACUAACAAUAAACAAUGCUCUCUGA